UUGCUGCAGCCUGCCAGCACAGAUCAGAGAUACCGGUCUCAGUAAGCGGUGUGGAUUAUGAAAAAGGCUCUACUAACAUAGUACCUUAACUUUACCUGACUUUUACACCAUUUUAUUCAUAGCUAUAUAUUCACUUUACUUUCUGAAGUCAAACUGUAGAUAACCUUAAAGCUUCAAGACAGACGUAACGCAGAAGAUGUCAGUAGUGGGAUUUGACUUGGGCUUUCAAAGCUGCUAUGUAGCCGUAGCUCGAGCGGGAGGUAUUGAGACAGUCGCCAACGAAUACAGCGACAGAUGUACACCGUCUUUUGUAUCAUUUGGACCACGAAAUCGAUCAAUUGGAGCGGCAGCGAAGAGCCAGGUGGUAACCAACUGUAAAAACACAGUGCAAGGCUUCAAGCGCUUCCAUGGCAGGGCUUUCUCAGACACCUAUAUUCAGUCAGCCAAGUCUAACUUGGUGUACGACCUGGCACAGAUGCCCUCUGGAGCCACCGGCAUAAAAGUGAUGUACAUGGAAGAAGAGAAAGUGUUUAGCAUCGAGCAGGUAACUGGCAUGCUGCUGACCAAACUGAAGGAGACUGCUGAAAGUGCACUGAAGAAACCAGUAGUAGACUGCGUCAUCUCGGUACCAAGCUAUUUCACUGAUACAGAGAGGAGGUCUGUCAUUGAUGCAGCUCAGAUUGCAGGUCUUAACUGUCUACGACUAAUGAAUGAGACCACUGCAGUGACUCUGGCAUAUGGAAUCUACAAGCAGGACCUGCCAGCUCCAGAAGAAAAGCCCAGGAUAGUGGUGUUUGUGGACUUGGGACACUCUGGCUACCAGGUGUCAGUCUGUGCAUUCAACAAGGGAAAGCUCAAGAUCCUGGCAACAGCAUUUGAUUCAGACCUUGGUGGGAAAGACUUCGAUAACAUCCUGGUAAACCACUUCUGUGAGGAGUUUACAAAGAAGUACAAACUGGAUGUCAAGUCCAAGCCUCGAGCUCUUGUGCGUCUCUAUCAAGAGUGUGAGAAGCUGAAGAAGCUAAUGAGUGCCAACUCUUCUGAUCUCCCCCUCAACAUUGAAUGCUUCAUGAACGACAUUGAUGUUUCUAGUAAACUAAACAGAGGUCAGUUUGAGGAGAUGUGUGCAGGACUGUUGGCCAAAGUCGAGGGUCCUCUGCGCAGCGUCAUGGAACAAGCCAAGUUGAAGAAGGAAGAUAUCUAUGCAGUGGAGAUUGUGGGUGGCGCCUCCAGAAUCCCUGCCAUCAAAGAGCGAAUCAGCAAAUUCUUCGGCAAAGAGCUGAGCACCACCCUGAAUGCAGAUGAGGCCGUGGCGAGGGGCUGCGCUCUGCAGUGUGCUAUCCUGUCACCAGCUUUCAAAGUCAGGGAGUUCUCCAUCACAGAUGUUGUCCCCUACUCCAUUUCCUUAAAGUGGAAUUCAGCUGCAGAGGAAGGACUGAGUGAUUGUGAGGUGUUCCCUAAGAAUCAUGCAGCUCCUUUCUCAAAAGUGUUGACCUUCUACCGGAAAAAACCCUUCACCCUUGAAGCGUACUACAACAAUCCCAAGGAGCUUCCCUACGCUAAUGCCACUAUAGGCCAGUUCCUGAUCCAGAAUGUGGUUCCUCAGGCCUCCGGCGAGUGUGCCAAGGUCAAGGUGAAAGUGCGCGUUAAUGUACAUGGUGUGUUCAGCGUGUCAAGCGCGUCACUAGUAGAGGUGGUGAAGCUAUCUGAAGGGGAAGAGCCAAUGGAGACCGACCAGAUAGUGAAAGAUGAAGAGAACAAAAUGCAGGUGGACCAGGAGGAUCACAAAAACCCGGCUGGAGAUGACGAAGAGAAGAAAACAGAGGCUGAAGAAAUGGAGACAUCGUCAGAGGACGCUAAGCAGGAGAAGAAGAAUGAUCAGCCUCCUCAGGCGAAGAAGCCUAAAGUAAAAACGAAGACGGUGGAUCUGCCCAUAGAAAACAAACUGCAGUGGCAGCUGUCCAGUCAAGAACUUAAUAUGUUUGUGGAGAAUGAGGGAAAGAUGAUCAUGCAGGACAAGCUUGAGAAGGAGAGAAAUGACGCAAAGAAUAAUGUAGAAGAGUACGUGUAUGACAUGAGGGAUAAGCUGCAUGGAGUCCUGGAGAAGUUUGUGAAUGAGGCUGAUCGUGAUGCUUUCUCAUUAAAACUGGAGGACACGGAGACUUGGCUGUAUGAGGAUGGAGAGGACCAACAGAAACAAGUUUACAUCGACAAACUAGCAGAACUGAAGAAAAUUGGUCAGCCUAUUCGUGAACGGUUCACAGAGGCCGAGGAGAGACCAAAAGCAUUUGAAGAACUUGGCAGACAGAUUCAGAUGUACAUAAAGAUCGCUGAAGCCUACAAAGCAAAGGAUGAGCAGUAUGAUCACCUCGAUGAGCUGGAGGUGACUCGGGUGGAAAAGCAGAUCAAAGAGGCCAUGGAUUGGCUGAACAGCAAGAUGAACCAGCAGAACAGUCAGGACCUCACUUUGGACCCAGUGGUUAAAGUUGUAGAUAUCAGAGCCAAGACUAAGGAGCUUUAUUCAUCCUGCAACCCUGUGGUGUCCAAACCAAAGCCCAAGGUUGAGCCUCCUAAGGACGAGAAGACAGACAACGGACCAGUUAAUGGGCAGGAGGGAAAAGAGAGCCAGCCAUGCAACCCAGACAAAGCAACUUCUGCGGGGAAGGAACAGGAAACAACAGACAGCAAGCUCCCCGAGAUGGACAUUGACUAACUGUUGCUGCUGCUAACCUCAGCUUUCCCCGUGCUCGUCCACGUUCUCUCCUUCUUCUGAGAUUAUUAUUGAUGAUACACUAGCCUUUCUUGAAGACACAGAUAGCAGCAUCCGUUAUUACUAUUCAUCAGCCGGCCUACAUGGCAUGUCUUUUCUUAUAUUCUUUGAAUACAACAAUACUGCUUAAAAUGAAUUGGACUGCUUUGUGACAAAGGUUGUGAGCGUGGGUGAAGACUGCUUUCUCUGUGCUGCUUUGAUGGCUAUAAUGUUCCAGAUUGUAAUAUUCAGCAUCUUCUGAGUACAUUUAAGUUACGAAUGUAAGAUUUAAAGGAUAAGGAAACUACUAAUGCACACAGAAUUCAUGAACAUGUAAAAUAUCGUAUGUCUAAAUGAGGUAUAGAUGCAGUGGUAUUUAUUAAUGAUUUGUUUCCAGUUGUAAAUGUCCUAUAGAAUUUCCUUUUUCGUUUUCUUUCCCUUCACUAGAAAAAGUUGGAGCUCCUGGUUUAUGUAUGUAUUCAGUUAAAGAGGAGUCUAAAUGUUUUUGUUAAGUUCUGUAUGUUGAAACUAGGUAAUACAAGUUACUGUCAAGCAGUAUUUCACUGUUCUGCUUUUCUCAUUCAAAAGCAAUGGUCUGUCUCUGGCAGCCUUGUACUUUCAUUUUCUUUGGGGGGGUUUUCUACUCAAAAAUGUGAUUGCAGGUCCAACAAACCACCUUUUGGGUGUUGAUGUUGUUGCCAUAUCACAAAGAAAAAAAAUCUAAAAAUAAAUCUUGACAAAAAAAAAAGGUGUAAGAAAAAAUCACUUGUUGACACUAUUAUUACGGAUCACAGUGGCUAUUUUCUGCUUUUAACUGUUGCACAAAACAAAUGGUUGUGAACACUCUACUACAAUGAGUAAAUUUGCAUAAAAAUAUGUGUUGACCUUUGUUUAUUAUCAUGCAAUAAUCUAUCUCUGAUAUCUACCCUUCUACAACAGCUAGAAAUUGCAAAGAUGUGCCACCAAAAAGACUAUUAUGUUAUUUAGCAAUAGUUGAACCAAAUAAAAUCAGCAACUGCAACUGGAGCAGCAGGUCCGUCAGACCGCAGUUGAAACUGUCUGGAAACUGCAACUUCUAAAUCAGUGUCCAACUCAAAUAGCUAUUUUUGUCAAAAGUUACACUUUUAAACCUUUAUCAUUUACAGUCUUAGGGUAAACGUUGCAUUGCACCCAAUUAAAAAUACUAAAAUGUAAAUGCUCAUGAUGCUUCAAACUAAAGAAUUAACCUCUGGAGAGCAGUUUUUUUAACAGCAUAAAUUCAAAUAGUUUAAAGGUUUUUUUUUUUUUUGUAUAAUUUUUGUGUUGCUUGUGCAUAGCCACGUGAGAAA